AUGAAGUCGCACGAUGGCGAUAUAUUACUAAAAGAAAAGUAUGGUUCCUCAUCCAAGGAAAGAUAUUUUGUAAAGCCUCAAGAACAACCAAAUGUAGUGGUUUACGCGAAUGAAAAAUACAGUGAUGUGGCAAGCGUUUUUUCGAAAAUAUUUUUACCUCAGGGUUAUCCUGAGAGUGUUAGUAAGGAUUACAUUGCAUACCAGAUAUGGGAUACAGCUCAAGCAUUUUGUAGUACUAUUACAGGUAUUCUGGCAACGCAGGAAGUUUUAAGAGGAGUAGGAGUUGGAGACACAACUGUAACACCAUUAGCAGCUACCAUAACAUGGGUUAUAAAGGAUGGAUGUGGUCACCUUGGAAAAAUAUUGUUUGCUUAUAGUCAUGGAACAUAUUUGGAUGCAUAUAGUAAAAAAUGGAGAUUAUAUGCUGAUACACUGAACGAUGCUGCUAUGUGUAUUGAAAUAGCUUUGCCUCUGUUUAAAAGUUAUAUCACAUUUGCUUUGUGUGUUAGCACUGUUAUGAAAGCUAUUGUAGGAGUUGCUGGUGGUGCAACAAGGGCAGCUAUGACACAACACCAUGCAGUGCGAGGUAACAUGGCUGAUGUAGCAGCAAAAGAUUCUGCUCAGGAAACUGCAGUCAAUCUUAUAGCUUCUUUCACUGCACUCUUUAUUAUUUCUACCUUUGGAAAUUCACUAUUUAUUUUUAUUGUUAUGCUAAUGUUGCAUAUUGUAUUUAACUACUUUGCGGUCCGGGCAGUGUGUUUAAGAACUUUAAAUGAACCACGCUUUAUACAAGUAAUUGACACUUACUUAAAGAAGGAAAUUGUUCCAAGUCCUUGUGAGAUAAACAGGAAUGAACCAAUUAUAUUCUACCAACUUGGUCCAAUGUUGUUGGAUUUAAAAAUAUGUGGAUUUAAAAUUAAACUUGGUAGAUCAAUGACUCAAACACUAAAAUCAUCAAUGAAAGCCAGCCACCUAAAGGAAAUUAAAGAAAUAUAUUAUGACAAAAACUAUAUUUUGUGGCCGAAUACCCGUGAAAGGAAUAUGUAUAUAUUUCUAAAAGAAAGCUUAAUGACUGAUGAUAUACUGUGUGCAUACUUCCAUGCUGUUCUACUAUCAAUAAUAACAUGUGCCAUAAACGAUUGUGAAUUGCCAGUAAUGAGCAAUAGCACUGAUGUGAAACCCUUUGCACAAGUAUGUAAAACGCUACAAUCAGCGGAGUGGUCGCGUACCCCUAGUAAAGAGAGUAACUUCAGCUAUAAACCAUCUUUUGAAUUACUGCGUUACGUUCAUAAAAUUGCAACAAAAGAGUGGAAAAAUAUGAGAGCAGGUCUUAUGCAUACCGGAUGGGACUUGAGUAAACAUUUGUUGAUGGUGGACGAAUGGAGAGUAUGCAAUGAAAAAUUAACUAAAGAAGCAUCCGUUAAUAAUAUGGAAUUUACAAAUUCUGUGGAUACAUUAAAAGUUUUGAAAGAAAAGCUCAAUGGAAAUGAACUACAAUCAUUGAUAGAUGAAGAAAUAUUUAGAAAUUACAUCGAAUAUGAUAGUUCUGAAACAGAAGUUAACUCAAAAAGCAGUUUCUCUGGUGAUAACAAUUCUUAUAUAAAAAGAGAUUGAUAUCU